CGUGUGAGACAGGCCCGUGUCCGUGGGUCUGUCCGUCUGGGAUCGGCCCGUUCCGCUUCCGGGUCAGGGGCCGGCCCGGGCGGGGCCGCGGCGCUUCCGCCCGUGAGCAGCGUGAGAGCGAGGACACCGCCGGUGCAGGGCCGUGGAUGAGCCGGUGAAACCAUGGCAUACCAGCUGUACAGGAACACCACGCUGGGCAACAGCCUCCAGGAGAGCCUGGACGAGCUCAUACAGUCUCAGCAAAUCACACCUCAGUUGGCCCUUCAGGUGCUACUUCAGUUUGAUAAAGCUAUAAAUUCGGCUCUGGCACAACGAGUCAGGAACAGAGUGAAUUUCAGGGGGUCUCUGAAUACAUACAGGUUCUGUGACAACGUGUGGACAUUUGUACUGAAUGACGUUGAAUUUAGGGAGGUCACUGAACUUGUGAAAGUGGAUAAAGUGAAAAUUGUAGCAUGUGAUGGAAAAAACACUGGUUCCAAUACUGCAGAAUGAACAGAACUGUGGGUCGUCUGCAAUAUUUUCUGUUAAUAUGCAGCACUUUCUGGAGAGAAGCAUGGAAAGAGACUGUUCAUCCUGAAUUCUUGUGGUGCAGAUGUGAGUUAAUCCAUACUAGAGAGCGUCACAGAAUGAAGCAGAAGAAAUACCUGUAGCAUUUCUUCGGUUCACUUUAUAGGGCAUGAAUACAACAUUACUUUUUUUUUAAAUUACAACAGAUACUGUUGCCUUUUUUGUUCAAAAUAAUUUCUGUAAUAAACUUUUAUUUAAAAACUUUUGAAAGAGUCAUCAUUGGAAAACGUUGUUUAAAAACAAUCAUUAAUAUAAUAUAGUUUCCCCAGAUUUCCUAAGUUCUGACAUUAACUUGGUAGCACACAAUCUCUUUGGCUCUGAUGUUGUUUCUUGGAUGGUGUUUGUCCAGGUCCCGGAUCUGUUCCUUAUGUGGAGGUUGUUUCAGUUCACUGAAGGAGGGGGAGCAAAGGGAAGUUAAUGGAAUCUGCUGUCAGUGUUCUUUCUGCUUUUUGUUGCUUUGCUCUCCAUAACUUCCUUGCCACUUGCUAUUUUUUUGUUUGAAUUUCAGCUAAUCCUGCCGAGUUCAUAUGAUUAAUGUCCUUUGUGAUCCUGGAAGAUUUGUUGAACUUACACCUGAAAGUGUGAACUGCACUUUGUUGUUCUAAGCUAUUGUAAUACCCAGCAGAGCACAAAUCAUCUCACUGGCUACAGUACCAGCAUAUUUGCUGCUGCCUAUUUGGUUCUUCUUUGCCUGUGUGUUAUGGACUGAUUUGUUUAUUCAUUUAUUUUGUUGAUUUUCUUCAAGAAAGUUGCUUCUACUUCUCAGCAGCAGCAAGAAAGUAAAAGAUAAACCUUUACACCUUGAUGUUGAGCUGGAAUGAAUGUUUCUAUUUAGAAAGUAAAUUAACUAAAGGAAAGUGAAGAAAAGGGAAGGAUAAGGAGGGGCCGUGGGUGACCUCCUGUUUAAACAUGGUUUCCAAGAAAAAGGAUUUUGUCCAUUUCAUAGGUGUGCAAACCAGGAUGUUCCCUGGUGUAAGCUGUUUGCUCAGGCAGGGCUGUUAAUACCUGCCUUCAGGUAUUAUCACAGACACACAGUAAAGGGAGAGCGGGAAGAAUUUAUGAUGAAUUUCCAGAAGACGAGUUUAAUCAGGAUCAUUAUGUACUUUUGCACAAUGACUUGGCACAGUGAGGCAGACUGAAGUUACAGUCUGGAGCACAGAUACUGCGUUUAAGGGUCUCAGCAGCUUAGGAGGGAGGAUUUCAGUUAAAGUACUAGUGACUUGGUUUUGCUUUUCUGAAGUCUGAAGCUUCAGGGUGGGGAGAAAAGUAGGAGAAGUGGAAAAUAGUUCACUGAGAGUCUUGUUAGUGUUUUAUGGUCACUCUAAUGGCAAGAAAAAAGACACCCUAACACUGCUUCCUGAAUCAGUUUUGCUCAUGGCUGCAAACACUUUACUGGUAUUUUGUUCAUAUUAUUUGUGCUUGCUUCUCAUUUCUUCUGAAUUUAUUACCUAUUUUCCUCUGAAUUCAUUUUAACUGACCCACCUUUUUAUUAUAGGACAUCCCAGAGUUAAUCAUGUAGAGUAUGAAAGAAAUCCAAAGCAAGAAGGAAAGAGAGCCUCCUAACUAGAGUUAAAAAGAGCUGUUUGUGGACCUGCUAUGUCAAUAUGUAUUAAGCCAGAUGGAGCUCACAUAGAGUUGUUCUUGUAAAAAUAAAGUGAAAACCACUUGGAAAUAAAACAUAAAUUAAAGCCACGUUUAAACUAGAAAAAUAAGUCUGGUAUUAGAUCUCAGAAUUACAGCUUCAUCCUCCUCCCAUGCAUAUCUUGAAAGGUAAAUUUGAAACAUUUCCUCCCUAAACAACUGGGGGUUUAUUUAAAGUACAGGUUGUUGGUUAACAGUUGUAGACAGAAGCAUUAGACUUUCACUAGACAAAGCUAAUAUUUCUGAUGGGACUGUAUUUCCAAUUUGGACAGCCCGUUAUUUCACUGAUGAAGUUCAUAUGGGGUUUAAGCUGGUUUUGGAGGUGACCCUGUAAUCUGAUGUGCUAGUGCUACCUUGGGCUAGAGCUGGUCCUACUCUAUUGCAAGUUUAUUCUUUUUUCAGUUCUGCAACCAACCAUGGCAAGUUACGUGAUUUCUCCGUGCUCUGUUGCAAACUUUCUGAGAUGCCAGAUAUCUUAUUCCUAAGAUACUUUGAGAUCUCUGGAAUGCAAAGUUCUCUAUUAGAGAUGAGUCGUAUUUUUUAUUGCCAUUUGUAAUGUUAGGCAGACAAAUAUUUUUUUUCUUUUCUGUAUCACUGAUUUGACAUGUGACUGCACUCAUGAAUCUGACAUUUCUAAUGUCUUUGGAAGAGGAAAUGCUGAGAACAUUCCUUUGUAAGAAUCUUUUUGUCUUAGUUCACCUCUAGAAUUUGGGAGUUGGCUUGUUCUUUCAGAAGAAAUUAAGUCCCUACUAAAAGGAGGUGAGUUGAAAAUAAAUUUGCACAAGAUGGCCUUUGUUUUUGCAGCCAAAUCAUCUGAGAUGAAUUGUGAGUAAUAACACCCUCAAAACCAGGAAAUUUUCUUUGGAUCAAGGAAAUUGGAUGUGACCAUAGAACAGAUUUGAAGUGGCACUUCCUCCCCUUCCCCAGAUCUAAAUACUUGUCUCUGUCUCUCCAUCUGUAACAUUUUUGUGUCAGGGAAGUGUCUGUCAAUAGUAGAUGAAACACUUAUUAUAACAGUGUAUACAAGCAAUACCUCAUGUUUCUGAGCUGAAGAAGUUAAACAUAUUUACAAAGCGAAGGGGAUAAAAAUGACAACAAAUCUGUAAGUAACUUUGCAAGUAUAUAUCUUACAUACAUUUUCAAAAUAAUAGAGAGGUCCCUCAUUCAAUAAUCUUUCACUAUUUCAGGCUGGGAUUCCUUCCACCCCCCAAACACCUUUGUAGAAGGUUCUUUGAGAAAUAAAUUGUUUAGAUCUUCUUACAGACAUCCAUUUCAUGGAUGGGUCUGGUUUUGAUGCAAUUCUUUAGAACUCUAAGUAUGGGGAUUUUUUUUUUUGUCUCCAUGAAUGUGCACUUCUUUUUUCCAUUUUCCAAGGGGAAAAGGCAACACUUUGCUAUAGUUAGAAACACAGGGACCCUGCUCUGCCUGAUUUAGUCCAGAAAUUUGAACAUAUCCCAGUCCCCCAAGGAACCCACUGGCAGUAGUUUACCAUUUUGAGCUAAUAAGUGUUAAUUUAAAGUAAGUGAAAGAGCUCCAACAAGCAAAAUCUGAUUAGGCAGCAGGGAUUAGAUGCAGUCUGCUAUGCUGGGAGACUUGAGUUCUUACCCUGAGUAGGCAAAGAAGUUCUGUUUGUUCUAAAAAAAUGUACUAGACAUGGAGAGAUGUAGUGUUGAACUUGCUGCUGAAACCAUUUUUGAAUUUUCUGUGUCACUGUCAGGUUAGGAUAAAGCUGUAAUCUCUGUAGCGAAUGUCUGCUUACAUAAAUUGGAAAGAGUUCCCCCCUGGGACCAGCAAUCCUAUUACUGUAUUUGCUCUUUCUGAAUAAAUAAAUGCCCAAUGAUA